GCUGCAAAUUAGUGCAAUGCUUAUUUUUUCAUGUAAUGGCAUUCACGGAGUAUAUGAGUCGUUUGCCUUAAAAGAACCAAGAACUAUGAAAGCCAACAGUCUUCUUGCAACACUUAAAACUCUUCCGAGAGAAUACGAAAUAACAUUUGAAGUGAACUUAACUUCAUUUGUUUCUUCGUGGACAAAUAUUUUACAUUUCACAAUAGGUUCUAAUAAUAAAGUUUAUGGUGAUAGAACUCCAUCUGUAUACAUUUAUCCAAAUUAUACUGGAAUGAUGCAAAUUUGCGCCCCAGUUAAUGGUAUAGGAAACUAUGCUGUUCCAACAAUUCCUUUAAAAUUGUUAAAAUGGAUAAAAGUUACAAUAAAACAGCUACUUUAUCGUGGAUUUUAUAACUAUUCAAUCGAAAUUCCUGAUGUGAUUUUUCAUUCAAUACAAAACAAUAUGCCAAAAUUGUUUCAAAAUGUGCAGUUGUUUAUUAGCGAUCCUUGGACUGUUGCACAACCGGGGUAUAUAAGAAACUUGAUAGUAACAAAUGCGUGUGCAAACAACGAUAUAUAUUGCAAACCUCUAUUGAAAGUGUCAUUUGAUGGAAUACUAGAUGAAAAGAUGUUUAACCUUUCGCUUCAAAUUAUUUACGCAUACGAACCAGGAGAAAUGGCUGUAAAUGUGACAUGGGAGUAUGUGUUGCCUUCCUACCUUAAAGUAACAUCAGAGUCUGCUUCUAAUAGUGUUGUUAAAGUUGAUUCCAAAAAUCUCAAGUUUAGAGUUCCUUUUGGAUUAUCAAAUAUUGGCAUCAAUCAAAGCAUAAUUACAGCGUUUAAUAUGAGCUGCACAUUUAGUUACAAAACCAUAGAGAUUCCAAUUAAAUUAUAUUUUGAAAAUAGCGCAGGAAAGUCUUGGAACUUAUUUAAAACAAUAAAAAAAGAUAUAACAAAAAACUGUAAAAGUCAAAUAAUCCCGACCAACCCAAGUUCCUUACUAGAAUAUUACGGCAGAGGUAUAUAUUGGGACGAUGUUGAUUCUCAAAUAUAUUUAUGUAUGAACCAGCACGUUACAAGUAUAAAAGCAGCUUGCUACGUUUCAAAAAGUUAUGGAAAGUUAUGGGCAGAUAUAGAUACUCGCAUAGGUUCAGUUCUGGGUCAUCACAACUCAAGUCGAGAGUUAUACGCUUUACACAGAAAUAAAAAAUUAUAUAUGAAGUUUCAUUUGACAUAUAAAUCAUGGGUUGCUGUAACUAACGACGAGUUUAUAAUAAACAUUUUGAGCGGUAUUGAUUGGAAACGAGUAAAAUCUUUGGAGGGAAAUUUUGAUCAAGUUUUUAGCUUUGGUACAAAGCAUUGGAUGGGGAACAGCAAAGGUUUAUAUUUUCGGAAUUCUACAGACGAUAUGUGGGUUCAGACAGCUAAAUGGAAUCUUUGAACUCAAGUUCUUUUAAACUCAAUCCUCUUUUAUAAACAAAAAUACUAUGUAUUUCAUAUAUAUAUACAUGAAAAAAAGUGCAUUGUUUGUGCAUUUUAUAAGUACUCAUA